UUCUUUAGACUGGGGGAAAGUAGAUUGAGUGGUUGACAGUUGAAACCCACCCUGAAGCAUUGGGUUCUCCGUCACUAAUAUACCUCAUCUAUUCCCCCUUUUUUUUUAUGUCAAAGUUUCCAAGUCCCCAAAACAAAGUUCUGGGACCACUGGUCAAUCCAACUUUAGCAGUAAUGUAUAGUGCCAGCUUGUGGUUAGGUUAUACAGCGAAAGAUUGAGACCCACAUCAAACAUUUGAUUCAGCAGGCUGAAAAAGUUGAAGAAAGAAGCUUCAGAUUUACACAGCAGUCUUCAAUUCAAUUCGUGAGAAACAACUUUUAAUUAUGUUUAGUCAACAGGGUAUGUCCUUUCAUAUUUGGUCCCAUAUACUUUCCGUGAAGCCGAAGCUUCCUGUGAAAAGGAGCCUCCCCUCUUCCCUGGCCAAAAUUGAAGUUCUGUUUGGUUUUAGUUUUUUUAUGAUUGUGGAAUUCAAAUUAUAUUUUCUCCGUUUUCAAAUCAAUGUCAUGCUAAACU